CGUCAGCUCAGACCGGCAGCGGACAGAAAUGAUAAAAAUGUGGUUUUAAAAUAUAUUUUUUUUCACUUUUUACCCAGCAGACAGCGCGUGCUUCCCACCACAUGAACCUGCCGGAGAGUUUACGAGCGUUUAACAAGAAGCCAGACAUCAGCUAACUUAGCUCACCGGCUAACUAGCAGCUUAGCUCCGCCGGCUGACAUAAGGAUGGCGUCUGUCUUCAAAAUCCCGAAGAAGAAACAGCCAACAGGUUCUGACUCCACCCAUGUGCACCUGCAGUCACCACUUUCCCGCCUCCAGAGCCCUGCCCCACAACUUAAGGCUUAUGGGGAUCAGUCCAGCAGAGGGGGAGCUGACAGGAUGCAUGCUGGGAACACACUUGGCUCCUCUACAAACAGACAGAGAACGCCGUGUAAACCUCUGUUCAGGAACGUGGUGAAAACGCUGCUGGGACUCACCUGCUCCAACAGAGGUGCAGCAUCAGCAGCCAAUCACAGAUCACCAGGAAGCUCGAGCAGCCAGUCACAGCCGCGACAGAGAGCGGAGUCGUCUUCACUAUGGCGUCCUAAGAGAGCGUCACACCGACUGCUGCAGCCUGAAGUGACCUCAGAGCAUCUGUCUCCACCACAGAAGAAGAAAACUGAUGAAUCCUCUGGUUCGUCCUUGUCAGGUAACAGCAUCUCUGUGGCGUCCGUGGACUCUCUGGCAAAGCUGCGAGGUGAGGAGCAUGCUGGGAGUCGGAGUCCUUCGCCGCUGGGAGCCAGACAGUGGAGGAGAGUCGAGUCAGGAUGGGAUGCCGCUGAGGGGAAGAGCGACUCUCCUCUGAAGAGACACAACUCGUCUGUCUCGGGUUCAGAUCACACGUCAGAGGAUGACUCCGUCUCCCCGUCUACAAACGUCGUCCACAGACCUCCCUCCUCCUCCUCCUCCUCCUCCUCCUCCUCCUCCUCCGUCUCCUCGGUGACGGCGCCAGACAGGAGGCGGAGUCUGGACCAGACGGCGUGGAUCGCCGCCGGGAGCAACCUGAUGGAGGAUGUGAGGGAGAAGGAGAGACAGAGGUGGAGGGAGUUCAGAGAGAGGAAGACAAACCUGCAGCUUCGACUGAGGAGGAAACCCAGACAGAGUCCAGCCGAGCCCAUUGUGCUGUCGAGUGAGGAGGAAGAGGAGGGGGAGGACGAUGGAGACGCAGCAAAGAGGACGUCACAGAGCGCCAGCCGGGCGAACCAAUCCCAUGGUGGGAACUCAGACAAGAUGCAGGGUCAACAGGUCUGUUCGUCCAGAGCUGAAGGAGGUCUCGACAAGCCGCUGCUGACGCCACCUUCCUUCCUGCAGCUGGAGUUCUCCUCGCUUCACGCCGGCCUGACACACGCCGACGCCAGCGGGACGAUAAUGAUCACUGAAGACGGCAUCACUGUUCCUCUGAAAGUGUCAGGAUUGGAGCAAUGGGAAGUGACCGUGGUGGCGUCUCAGGUUCGAGGUUAUGGCGUUUGGGAUGGAGGCGUGGCUCAGGGCGGGGCUCUGCUGACCGGUUGGGAAGGUCCGGCCCCCUCGCUGCUCUUCCUGUGGGUGACGGAUGCUCAGGCCAACCUGCUGCACAGAGAGCUGUCGGCCAUGCGGACCUCCACUGCCUCAGGUCCUUCAUGCUCCUUCCUCCUGGUGGUGUUGAAGGAGCAGCUGCAGGAGCUCCAUGCUGCCCUGCUGGCCUCCAUCCUGGACAUGGAGGAGUACAAGAAGGGACGCUCCUCCUCCUCCUCCUCCCCCUCCUCUGGCGGGCCGACCUCCCCUCUGGACUGGACCGACGGGCUUCUGCUCCUUCACAGCUGUCCUCCUCCUCUGGACCAGCACCUCCUGGGACUGUUGGGACACUCUGCAGAGAAGUCCAGGGAGGUGAGGAGCAGUCAGAGGAGUAAGAAGUCCAGCCUGAACUCUUCUGGUCUGCAGCAGCUUCCUACCAGGCUGAUCCAGUAUCCUGCAGCGCCCUGCAGAGGCCGGAUCUCUGUGACGAAGGAGGACCUGGCCUGUUUGGACGGCGGCGAGUUCCUCAAUGACGUCAUCAUCGACUUCUACCUCAAGUACCUCCUCCUGGAGGGAGUCGGCGGCGCUGUAGCCGAGCGGAGUCACGUCUUCAGCAGUUUCUUCUACAAACAACUGAGCAGACGCAGAGUGGCCGGAGAGGACGACACCCCCUCCGUCCCAGAUCGUCACAUGAGGCAUCAGAGGGUGAAGACCUGGACUCGCCAUGUCGACAUCUUCACACAAGACUUCCUGUUUGUGCCUGUCAAUCAAGAAGCUCACUGGUACCUGGUGGUGGUGUGUUUCCCGGGUCUGGAGAAGGUUCAGUACGAGGAGCUUCAGAGCCGAACAGCUUGUUCCUGUGUUCCAGGUGGAUCAGAGCGAGCGGCGGGAAAACCACACAUGAGUCUGAGACCACAACGACCUCCGGAGUGCACUGAGCAGGGCCGUCAGAGGAACAGACUGCUGAAGAGGCCGUGCAUCCUCGUCAUGGACUCGCUGAAGCUGUCGUACCACGAGAACGUCUGCCGACUCCUCAGAGACUACCUGCAGGUGGAGUGGGAGGUGCGCAGGGGGACGCCUCGUCUCUUCACCUCGGACAACAUGAGGAGCUCCAACUGCAGAGUUCCUCAGCAGGACAACAGCAGCGACUGUGGACUGUACCUGCUGCAGUACGCCGAGAGCUUCCUGCAGAAUCCCGUUGUGCACUUCGAACUCCCGGUACAUUUGGACAACUGGUUUCCGCGGCAACGAGUGCGACAGAAGCGCAAGGAGAUCCGGAGUCUGAUAAUGAGGAUGCACGAGAGUCAGCAACAUGACGAAGAAAACUGAGACCAAAAACCAGGAGCCAUUAACUCACCUGUGCAAUAAAUAAUUUAUAUUUUUCUAUAUUAAUUUUACAUGUUGCUAUAAUAAACUUUCUUACUUAAAAUGUUCAAUUGUAACGUUUUGUUCCUCUUUUAUAAAAUAAAAUGUA